AUGAUCUUCACUGAGACUCAUGAGAAAAUAUCGAUCGAUACAGAAGCGCUUUUAGCUUACAGAUGUGAGGAUCUUAACGAGAAAGUGGAGAGUGUUUGGAUUUAUGACACUUCGACUCGUGACCCGCUGGUCAAAGUUUACUGUCAUGCCAGUGAAGGAUCCUAUGCUAGCCAACACUUAGUCUACCGUCCCAUUAGUCCGCCGGGAUCAGAGAUGGCAAUAAGCAGGAUCAAGUGUUGGAUCCAAGGUUGCAUAGAUAACCACCCAGAGUGCCUGUUAGCAAUCUCUGGUACUGCGCUAGACAACACACCGGUACUUCCUACUCGAAUUCUCGAUGUCAGAGAUUAUCCAUCGUCGCUUCGCCUAGUAAUUUCAGAUGGUAGAAAGGCCAAGUACGUGGCAUUGAGCCACUGCUGGGGCGGAAAACCACAGCUACGAACUACGAAAGAGACUCUAGUUAAUCAUCAGAAGCACAUUUCUUGUGGAGAACUUUCGGAAACAAUUCGCAAUGCCGCCUGGGUUACGAAAAAGCUUGAUGUAUGCUACCUCUGGGUCGAUUGCCUCUGUAUCAUUCAGGAAGAUGAAGACGAUUUCGAUCGAGAGUCCCGCCGAAUGGCAUCCGUGUACGAAAACUCAUACGUAACAAUCGCAGCGACAGGGGCCAGGGACGGGUCUGGUGGCCUCUUUCUCCGGUCGCCCCAAGGGACAUACGUAGAGGUACCAUGCGAUGCUGAGGACCCAAAACUCGGUUUCAUGUACUUCGGACUCCAAAAGAAACCAGAAGAGACCAUCUUCGAAGCACCGCUCAACAGAAGAGGAUGGGUUCUCCAGGAGCAUCUCUUCGCUCGUCGGACCUUGCACUUUGCACCCAACCAACUUUAUUGGGAGUGCUAUAAGACUUUCGUGGGCGAGGACAAUACCGAGGUCACCAAUGUCGCAGACAUGGCUUUUCCAAAUCGCGCUUUUCUCUGCUAUGUUCUCGACGGGCUCAGAGGUUUUCACCGAAAUCCAAAAUCUGAAGAAAACAACGAGAUGAACAAUGUCGCCGAUAUCUACAGUAUCUGGGCUCAUCUCAUAAGAUACUAUUCCACGCGCGGCUUGACGGAUCCAAAUGACAAACUUCCCGCCAUCCUUUCCCUUUCGCUCGAGCUCGAACGGAUCCUCGGUCACCCAUUCCAUUUUAACGAAGGAUUAUUGUUUGGCUCGCCAUAUUUUGAGCUACAAGGUCUUCUGUGGCGAGCGGAAUGGGGUGCCUCUUUACAAAGACCGGCACACCGCCGUGCCCCAUCAUGGUCGUGGGCCUCGGUAGAUGGAGCAAUCGAUUUCGUCGACCUUGUACAUGACAAUAGGAGCAGCUACUGGUUUGUAGACCUAUGGCAUCCGUGCAAAAACGAUCUCAAGGUGUUGGGGGUUCGCGCCCAUCAAGCUCCGGGUAUGCCUUCAUGUAAAGCUCUUUUGCUGAAUGGCACAACUCUUGAAUGCUUCACAACAAGAUGUGUGACCUCUCGCCAUGAUGGUCAGCAUAACAAUAAUCAACUGGCUUGUGUCUAUACAGAGAAAGGUGACUGCAUUGACGGAGAACUAGAAUAUGAUGUGGCAGACGACCGUCCUGACCGAGUCUGGCUCGUUCCAAUAUUUGUGCGAUGGAGAUCUGAGGAGGCAUCCUCUCCAGUCUAUUAUUGCUUGAUGGCCAAGAAAGCCGUCGAUCACCCUUUUAAAGACCGUGUUUUCGAAAGGGUUGGAGUAGGAAUGAUCUUCGACGUAAAAUGGGUUUUCAGAUGUGAGAGGGGUUUUCUAGUUCUUGUCUAA